GAGAACAGGGCUCCGCUCGCAUCGCUUCACUGUGAAUUUGUUUUCGCUUCAGUUUCAGUGAAAUCAUUUGUGUUUUAUUCGCCGUAAAUGAGUCGCAGCGGAGACAGUGAUGAGGACAGCUGCAGUAAGCGGAGAGUCGCCUAUGUUUACAGUUCGGACUACAUCGAGACUUGCGAUACUUUAUCCAAAGUCCCAAACCGGGCGAGUAUGGUCCACUCACUGAUAGAAGCCUAUGGGCUGCUGGGACAUAUGAGUAUUGUGAAGCCUCAUGCGGCCACCAUCGAGGAAAUGGCCAAGUUCCACACAGAUUCCUACCUGGAGCAUCUUCAUAAAAUCAGCCAGGAUGGCGACAACGAUGACCCCCAGUCAGCUGACUAUGGCCUGGGUUAUGACUGUCCGGUGGUGGAGGGGAUAUUUGACUAUGCAGCAGCAGUAGGGGGCGCUACACUGACCGCAGCCCAGUGUCUGCUGGACCAAAAGUGUGAAGUGGCCAUCAACUGGGCAGGGGGUUGGCACCACGCUAAGAAGGAUGAGGCGUCAGGUUUCUGUUACGUGAACGACGCUGUGCUGGGAAUCCUCAGACUAAGAGAGAAAUAUGAGCGAGUCCUCUAUGUGGACGUUGACCUGCAUCAUGGAGAUGGUGUGGAAGAUGCCUUCAGCUUCACAUCCAAAGUCAUGACCGUCUCUCUGCACAAGUUCUCCCCUGGAUUCUUCCCAGGUACGGGUGACCUGUGUGAUACGGGGCUGGGUAAAGGCCGCUGGUAUGCUGUGAAUGUCCCGCUGGAGGACGGGAUCAAGGAUGACAGAUACUACCAGAUUUUCACCAGCGUGAUGCAGGAAGUGCGGGCGCAGUUUAACCCGGAGGCGGUGGUCAUGCAGCUGGGUGCCGACACGAUGGCGGGCGACCCCAUGUGCUCCUUUAACAUGACCCCAGUGGGGGUGGGCAAGUGUCUGCAGUAUGUCCUGCAAUGGCAGCUACCUACACUGCUCCUAGGAGGAGGAGGUUAUAACCUGGCUAAUACAGCUCGGUGCUGGACUUACCUGACGGCCGCGGUGCUGGGAAAGACUCUUUCUUCUGAGAUACCAGACCACGAGUUUUUUACAGAUUACGGACCCGACUACUCGCUGGAGAUCAGCCCAAGCUGUCGACCAGACCGCAACGACACCAAACACCUGGACCAGGUCAUCAGCACCAUCAAAGGGAAUUUAAAGAAUGUGGUUUAGGAGCCGGCAGCCUCAGCCUCCUCCACACACACACACACACACACACGCACACACAUGCACACACACCAUGUUUCCAAACCAGGUCGAUGCUCGACGGCUUUAAUGAAGACAAUAUGGAGUGGACCCCUUCGGCCCCGAGGCACGGAGCGAACGAGGGAGGGAUGAAGGCAGGGAAAAGAGAGCGAGAGAAGGUUUUGGAAAACAUUAGCUGAGUGUUUCCAGGAGAAAACAGUUUAAUAAGGGGGAGGGGGGAGCUGUGGUCGCUGUACAAUGCUCACUGUUUUUAAUCCUUUUUUUUUUUUUGAACAGUUAUGUGUGUUUGUGUGAAUGAGAGAGUUUACGGUAUGUUCACUGUGGUUAUGUAAAACUGAAUUACAGCAAGAUUUUACAGUCAGUGCAGCUCCAGUUUUUGGUGUCAGGGGAUGCGUUUGUGUGCGUCCUAUCAGUCGCACAUUUUAAACUUAAUGUUAAAAACAGAUUUUUCAGGUGUCCAGUUUCACGUUCACCCCGGUGCUGCUGUGAUUCUAACCCCCUGAGGACAGAUAAGCACUAAAACAGACAUAAAGCGAAACAGCCACGUUCCCCAAACGCCCCAUUAUACUUGUAAAAACCCCGUGGGUUUCUGAUCAGGUCCAGAAAGUCCUGAAAAAUAUGUGAAAUGUCCAGAGAAACUUGGAAAGUUUACAAACAAAUGGUCUGGAAAAGUUUGGAAAAUAGCCGGUAACAGAUUUGAAGUUGAUUUGCUCAGCCACAUUGUUUUGACCCCUGGGCAAAAUCUGCAAAUUAAACAUCUGGACAAAGGUCUUUUUUCACAGACAGACAAUAACCAAGAUUACAUGAACUUUAAAGGGGGAUUUAGGCAGAAACAGCAAUCCUAAAGUGGUUUUGCAUGACUAGAGAUGUAAGUAAGAUCAAUUUAUUUCAGGUCAGAGAACAAAAAAUGGCUUUUAUUAAAGAUAAACAUGAUCUCCUCUGUAGUUCCCUUUAAAACCAACCAUGAUCACAGAUAAUAUGCAAAUACAUGUACUGAGAAUGAAUUAAUGCUAAGUUUAAAAGUCAGAUAGCAAAGACUGCAGCCAAAUUCGGCCGUUAAGAUUCCCAAACUUCUCUGAACGUAGAUGCAAAGUGGAUCAGAUUAUUUCCAUGUCUGCCGAAGUUUGGAGAACAGCAAAACCUUGUUUAAUCCCUCCCUGUCCCAUUGCACAGCUCCAGCCGCUGCACAUCAAACCGAACAGUGACCAAAAUCUCCAAAUCCCUCUAAUAAAGCUGAGGUGCAUGUGGGAUUUUAACGUGGGGGAAAAUAAAACAAGAGAAGAUUCAGUGUUAGCAUCAUUAAAUGUCAAGGAAUCAGACAGUAAUGUUUGACUGCAUCUUUACCUGCGAAAAAAUAAAUAUUUUUUAACUUAGUGUCAAAGAAUUACAAACAGUUUUAAAGGUUUCUUCUCAGUGAAGGUGUUUGGUAAAUUGUCAGUAUAUGUAUGUGUCAACACUUUUCACAAAAAUGUAAACUCAGUGUCAUUUGACCAAAAUUUUCAAACCCACUGGAGAUAAACAUGAAAUCUGGUGUAGUAAUAUUUGCAUAACGUUUAUCUAUCAUAUUGUAAAGAAGGUAAUGUAAACUUUUUUUUUAUGUUUGUGUAUUUGUUUUCACAGGAUGACUUUUUUUUUUGUUACCGUUGGAGUGUUGUUUUGAUGUACGUGCCACGGCCGUUUGUUGAAAUAAAAGACAGG